CUUCCCAUCAAUAUCCACCGCAUCUCCACCGUCAUUCCGCCACCGUCAAAUGGACGCUCUCUUCGUUAACCCAUCUCUCUCCGCCCUCAAACUCCCUCCUAAACUCCUUCCCACCACCUCAUCACCUCUUUCCCUCUCCUUCCACCUCCGUCUUCCACCACCUCAUCAUCCCCUCAAUCUUUCCGUCUCCGCUUCUGCCUCCGCCGUCGAAAACCACCCUCAAUCCGAAUCAGACCCACCUCAAUUCGCCGACUAUGAUGAAGAUGAAAGCUACGGAGAAGUCAAAACAAUCAUCGGGAGUAGAGCACUCGAAAACGGUGCCGGAAUGGAGUAUUUAAUCGAAUGGGAAGACGACCACGCGCCGACCUGGGUGCCAGCGAAUUUAAUCGCCGGUGACGUCGUCGCUGAGUACGAAAACCCAUGGUGGAUCGCCGCAAAGAAAGCCGACGAUCGGGCGUUAAAGGAGAUUAUUGAGUCUGCAGACGGCAGAGACGUGGAUGCUGUUGAUAACGACGGCCGAACAGCUCUACUCUUCGUGGCGGGUCUCGGAUCUGAAUCAUGUGUGAGAACGUUAGUGGAGGCUGGCGCUGAUGUGAACCACCGUGAUAACGGCGGAGGUUUGACGGCGUUACACAUGGCGGCGGGGUACGUCCGGCCGGGGGUGGCGAAGUUGUUGGUGGAGUUUGGGGCGGAUCCGGAGGCCGGAGAUGAUAGAGGACGGAUGCCGUUAGAUUUGGCCCGUGAAGUAUUAAAUGCAACACCUAAGGGGAACCCAGUGCAAUUUGCUAGAAGAUUAGGGUUAGAAAGUGUAAUUAAAAUUUUAGAGGGGGCAAUAUUCGAGUACGCGGAGGUGCAGGAGAUUAUGGAGAGGAGAGGGAAAGGUAAUAAUCUUGAGUACUUGGUCAAAUGGAAGGACGGUGGAGAUAAUGAUUGGAUCAAAGCUAAGUUGAUCGCGGAGGACCUGAUUAAAGAUUUCGAAGAAGGGCUGGAGUAUGCAGUGGCAGAGGGCGUGUUAGGGCGGAGGGACGGUGAUGACGGAAAAAACGAGUAUUUAGUAAAAUGGACCGAUACUGAAGAAGCAACGUGGGAACCAGAAGAAAAUGUCGAUCCCGAGUUGAUAAAGGAGUUUGAGAGUGGUGGUGGUGGUCAAGAAGCCGGUGUCGACUUUGCCAAGACGAGUUUAUCGAGCAAUGGAACCAUUUGAACCUCGAUUGCUUUUUGAAGAGCAUUGUAUUUUUGAAACUAGAAUUGGAAGAUUGUGGUAUAGCAGUUUUAGUUGAACGUUGAUGCACGAACUGUCGAUUUUACUAAUGAAUUUGAACGUUGUAGUUAUAGUUGAAGGUUGAUGCAAAACGGUUGGAGAUUUUUAAACAACCCAA